UUGGCAUACUGCACAAACCGCGCCUCAAGUCACUCAAGUGCCCUCAACACCUUGCUUCGGGAGGCGAAUUUCAUCCUUGUGGGGCAAUUGAGACUCAGAGACAUGUCUCUGGGGAUAUUAUAAGUAUCUAGUACCCCCCGCCAAGAUUGGGUUCAUGUCGUCUCUCAAACUGCCAAUUGACCAUUACUCUCACUCACUCUCACUCACUCUCACUCACUCUGAACCAAACAAUCCAAAGUUAAUCAUCUUGAGGUGGUGAUUUCACAUUCCUCCCAUGAAACCAGUGAUCAACGUCAUAACCAACCAACCAUUACCUACAGCAAAACGCAAGUUUUAUUUCCUUCGAUCGUGAGCUUUGAUGGCUCCGAAGGGUUCCCCCAGCACCCAGCCAGAAUAUGGCAAACAUCCUUUCCAAUUGACCGUGGAGGAGCUCUCCGAGGAGCUCCACACCAAUAUCGAAAGCGGCUUGUCUGCGGAAGAGAUUCGCAAUGCCCAGGAGAAGUAUGGAGAGAACAAGCUCAAGGGGGAAGAGGGCGUGAAGUGGUACAAAAUCCUAUCCAAACAGAUUUCCAAUGCCAUGGUUCUUGUUCUUAUCCUUGCAAUGGCUCUAUCGUACGGUGUUUCUGAUUACAUCGAAGGCGGUGUCAUUACCGCCGUGAUAUUGCUCAAUGUCGGCAUCGGCUUCUAUCAAGAGUACAACGCGGAAAAGAAGAUGGACUCUCUGCGUGCCUUGUCUUCCCCAACGGCAAACGUAAUCCGCAAUGGCACCGCCGACCACAUCCCUUCGCCAGGCGUCGUUCCUGGUGAUAUCGUCGUUCUCAAGACUGGCGACACCAUCCCCGCGGACCUGAGACUCUUCGAUGUCAUGAACCUCGAAUGCGACGAAAAGAUCUUGACUGGCGAAGCGAUGCCAGUCGUGAAGGAGGUGGACACCGACUACGCUGACCAGAACGAGCUCGAAAUUGGCAUCGGUGACCGCCUGAACAUGGCAUAUGCAUCGGCCACGGUGACAAAGGGACGAGGAAGUGGGAUUGUCGUUUUCACGGCCAUGAAGACUGAGAUCGGAAAGAUCGCGGAAUCCAUGCAUGGCAAGGAACGGAAAGAGAAUAGAUCCCUGUCCAGAAAGAAGUAUGGUCCACUCCAACCCGCGAAGGGCGCGUUUCUCCGGUCCUGGGAUGGUGUUGGUGCCUUCUUGGGUCUGACCGAAGGCACCCCCCUUCAAAUCAAGCUAUCCAAGCUGGCAUACAUCCUGCUCUUCUUCGCUCUUCUUCUUGCUCUCAUCGUCUUCGCGGUCAACCGAUUCAACGUCACCAAGGAGGUCGCCAUUUACGCAAUUUCAACCGGUAUUGCGAUGAUCCCCGAGUCCCUUGUGGCGGUGCUCACCAUUACAUUCGUGGGCGGCAUGGUAUCGAUGAGGGACAAGAACGUCCUGACACGGAAACUGGCUGCUCUGGAGGCUCUUGGUGGUACGACAAACAUCUGCAGUGACAAAACGGGGACGAUUACCCAAGGGUCAAUGAUCACACGAAAGGCUUUCAUCCCCGGAAACGGUGUGUACACAGUGAGCGGCUCGGAAGAUGCCUUCGAUCCCACUCAAGGCACUGUUUCACUCGGCGUGCAGAAGUCUAAGGAAGAAGCCGAAGCCGAACUCAUCGCGAGACGGGAAGAGCUCGAUCGAUUGCGAAGUUCUGCUGCGCUCACUUUCAAAGAACCCGAGAACAAACCACAACGGAAUAAUCGACCGGAGGAGCCUGAGACGGAAAAGGUGCCCCUCGAUGUCACGGAAAAUCCGGAAAUGACAUCCGAGCUUGAAGCCUAUCUCCAUGCAGCUGCCCUCUGCAACCUGGCCACGGUGCGUAGGAACGAGAAAGAGAAUAAGUGGCAGACCACCGGUGACCCAACGGAGACCGCGCUGCAAGUGUUUGCACACCGAUUCGGGCAGGGAAAGAAAAGCCUUGCAUCGAAAGGCUGGAAGCAGGUUGGAGAGUACCCAUUUGACAGUACUGUCAAGCGUAUGUCUGUCAUCUACAAGACUCCCGACAAAGCCGAAACUCUAGUAUUCACGAAGGGUGCCGUGGAGAGGAUCUUGGACCUAUGUGUAUCCGUGGGGCUUGGUGAGCACAACAUUGAGAUGACCGAAGAAGUCAAAGACGGCAUUCUUGAACAGAUGACUCUUCUCGCCGAACAAGGACUCCGCGUCCUUGCUAUUGCCCGGAAGAAUUGGCCUACGGAUAGCAAAGUCACGGAUGAGAUUCCACGAGACGAUAUCGAAUGUGGACUAACUUUACUGGGACUGGCUGGAAUCUACGAUCCGCCACGACAGGAGACGAAAGACGCUGUCAGAGAUUGUACUCGCGCGGGGAUCAAAGUCCACAUGCUCACAGGGGACCAUCCCUCCACGGCAGCGGCAAUCGCCAAAGAAGUCGGCAUCAUCCCCAAAGACAUGAGCCAUCUGUCUGAAGCGGUCGCAGCAUCGCUGGUCAAGACCGCAACCGAAUUCGACGGCCUCACUGACGAAGAAAUUGACAAUCUCCCGUCGCUUCCGUUGGUCAUUGCUCGCUGUGCUCCUCACACCAAGACACGAAUGAUCGCUGCCUUGCAUCGACGGAAGCUGUUCGCGGCAAUGACCGGAGACGGUGUAAACGAUGCACCUUCUCUGCAGGCGGCGGACGUGGGCAUUGCCAUGGGCCUGGCUGGUAGCGACGUUGCCAAAGGCGCGAGCGAUAUUGUCUUAACGGACGAUAACUUUUCGAGCAUCGUUGGGGCGAUCCAAGAGGGACGACGCAUCUUCGACAACGUCCAGCGUUUCGUUCUACAUCUUCUCACCAGCAACGUAGGCGAAGUUGUGCUGCUGAUUUGCGGCUUGGGAUUCCAAGACGAGCAAAACUUCUCGGUCUUCCCUCUGUCUCCGCUUCAGAUCUUGUGGAUUAACAUGGUGACGUCUGGGUUCCCUGCAUUCGGACUGGGGAAAGAGAAAGCCGCCUGGGACAUUAUGUCUCGACCUCCGCACGACAAUAGAAAAGGUGUUUUCACCUGGCAGAUCAUCUGUGAUAUGAUGGUCUACGGUCUCCUUAUGGGGAUGCUGACGCUAUUCACCUUCCUCACCAUCGUUUAUGGUCCGGGAAACGGCAACCUUGGUAUAGACUGCAAUCGGUCGUACAGCGAUGAAUGCGACACGGUGUUCCGCGCGCGUGCUGCCGUCUUUGCGGAAUUGACCUGGCUGAUUCUGAUCUCGGCUUGGGAGAUAAAGUCGAUUCGACGAAGCAUGUUUCGAUUGGAUCCGACGAGUGAGAACCGAUUCCCCUUCUUUAAGGACGUCUAUGAGAACAAGUUCUUGUUCUAUUCCGUUGUCCUGGGAAGCUUGGUGGUGUUCCCUUGCGUUUACAUCCCCGGACUGAACACAAAUGUGUUCAAGCACAAGGGGAUCUCAUGGGAAUGGGCGCUAUCUGUCGGAGCGGUCUUCAUCUUCGUCUUCGGCAUGGAGAUGUGGAAGCUCGCCAAGCGGCAGUUCGGCUGGUUCGCUGAUGCGCAGGAAAUGGAGCGGCUAGAGCAGGCCCACCGAGGAUUGAGUCUGCGGCAAGGCUUCUUCUCCUUCUCGAAGUCCAGCACCUUCGCGAAAGAGCCAUCCGGAACGGCAUCAGUGAAUGGAGCGACGGGCGGCCUGAACAAAGAACAAUUGGGGAAUUCGUCGGCGGUUUAAACCCCGAGUCGGAGCCGACAUUUGCCUGUUUGAAUGUCACUGGACGAACGUCUCACAGUCCACGGAGAUGCUGAUCAAUGACGUAAGAGUACGGAAUAUGAGACCGGUGAUGCCGACGGGACUUGGUAUAUGGUACAUAAUUCUAUCUCGCAUGCUCUGCUAUUAUGGGAUAUACUAGUACUGAGAGUACAUAUGAAGGGCUUUAAGUCUCCUGCACCAUGUACGUAAUGACAGAAUUAGUAAUUCUCAGCUUUAACUAGCUAACAAAUAGCGACUCUAUCGUGCGGAGGGCGCUCAGCGUGUGACGUUCGUCUAUCGGAAGCGAUGCCCAAUCGGGAAUUCGCGGGGUUGUGGCUGAUGAUGU